AUGCGUCUUAAAAGGACCCCUCCAUCGCAACAGCCGAAGUCGGAUACGAAUCAGAGUUCAGCUGCUGCUACGGCCACAGAUACCGAUAAUGAUAGCUCUAGUAAUGUUGCUAGCCGACCUCGUGGCCGAAAGCGCCAACAUGAUGACGAGGUAUAUGCUUUUAUGUCGGAUAUGAAACAAUCUUUUGAUACCCUCAAAAAUCAACAAGUUAAAAUUCUAAGUAGUAUUAGUGACAUCCAGAAACAAAAUGGGGAUAUUAUUAAAUCCAUGGACUUUAUCUCAAAACAGUAUGAUGAAAUCAAAGAUCGAUUGUGUAAAAUGGAAACCGAAAGAAAAACGCAUUUAGCCUAUAUUCAGACCCUUGAAUUAAAAGUGGAGAAUCUCGAGAGAUUUCAAAAACAGGCAAGUAUUGAGAUAAAGAAUAUCCCUGUCAAACAUAAUGAGACUAAAGAUGACUUGUUACAGAUAGUAAAUAAAGUUGGUCUAGUUACUAACACCCAUAUUGAGGACUCUCUCAUUCGCGAUCGACUGUCGUAUCCAGUUGUUCCCAAUGGAUCGCUAAGAUCGCUCGCAUCAUCAGCAAGCUACAAAUCUAGUCGCCUCUGCGUUCGCUUGGUGAUUACUAGUGCGUUUACUCUCCUGAGUUCAAUGGACGAAGAUGAAAUUUUAAUAAUGUAUUACUUUUUGAAAAGAAGGAAAAUGAAGCAAGAAAUGAAAAGAAGGUACUGGGUACAUCCAAUGUUAAUGAAAAGAAUUCCAUUAGGAUUAUGUCAGAGUUAUAUAGAAGAAUUAAAAAGUGAUGAUGGAAAGUUUUAUGAGUAUUUAAGAAUGACUGUCUCCACCUUUGAUAGCCUACUGGCACGACUUGCAGACAAUCUUAGAAGAGAAAACACACAUUUCAGAAAUUGUAUAAGUGCCGAAGAAAGACUAGUGAUAACUUUAAGGUAA